AUGACCAGCCCAUUAAAAGAUACCUUGGUGUUUGAGCCCAUCAAAGUUGGAGAGGUUACGCUAUCGAAUAGAAUAGUUUAUUGUCCAACAACUAGAUUCAGAGCAGCUGCAACUCCAAAUGAAAAGUCUCAUCAUUUGCCUUCCGACUUGAUGUUGGAGUAUUAUUCUCAAAGAGCACAAUAUCCGGGCACGUUACUAGUAACGGAAGCGACUUUUGUCAGUCGUGGUGCUGGUGGGUAUGAUGGAUGCCCUGCUAUAUGUACCAGUGAGGAAACUCAAGCUUGGAAAAAGAUAGUUUCCGCAGUACAUGCCAAGAAAAGUUUCAUUAGCUGUCAAGCAUGGUUUUUGGGAAGAGUUGCCGACGCAAGAGUUUUGAAAAAUGAAGGACAGAGGUAUGUUGGAGCUAGUGCAAUCUAUCCCGAUGGGAGAGCUGAACAUUUGGCGAAAAAAGCAGGUUUGCCAUUGGAAGCAUUGACUGCAGAUGAGAUUCAAGAUAUAAUUAAAAAGGAUUUCACGGUUGCUGCCAAAAAUGCUAUGGAGGCAGGGUUUGAUUUCUUUGAGCUUCACAAUGCUCAUGGGUACUUGUUGGAUACAUUUUUGCACGAAAACUCAAAUCAAAGAACUGACCAAUAUGGCGGCUCGAUUGAAAACAGAGCUCGUUUUACAUUGGAGUUGAUUGAUCAUUUAUGUACUGUUAUUCCACCUGCCAAAUUAGCAAUUAGAUUAUCCCCCUGGGCUGAAGUUCAAGGGAUUUAUGAUGAAACUAGCCCCAUUCCUCAAUUUGCAUACUUGUUAGAUCAAUUACAAAGGAGAGCUAACAACGGCAAAGAGUUGGGUUACGUAUCUGUUGUUGAGCCAAGGGUUCAAGGUGUUGUUACAGCGGAUCUUGAUUCAAUGAAGGGGACCAAUCAAUUUGUAGAGGAAGUUUGGAAAGGAGUGACGUUGAGAGCAGGCAAUUACACAUAUGAUGCCCCAGAAUUCAAGCAGAUCAAGGACGAUGUAUCAAACGGAAGAACAUUGGUUGGAUUCUCAAGGUUUUUUACAUCAAACCCUGAUUUGGUGUAUAAACUAAGAGAUGAUCCCUACAAAUUGGUUAAAUAUAAUCGAGAAUUGUUUUAUCAACCUUUUAACUGGGGGUAUAAUACUUACGAUGGUGAUAAGUAUGACGAAGAAGUUGAAAGAAAACGUUAUGCUAAACCGAUUAAACAUGGAGAUUCCUAUUUAUAG